AAAUAGAUAAUCAAUCCAUAAUCUUGAACAAAAUAAAAAAUAUAUACAAAUUUGGCAAUCCUAUAUUUGGUUAUGCACAGGGCUUUAGAUAAGCACACUCAAAUGAGAGACAUUCCUUCAGAAGUGGAAUCUAGGUUCUCGCAUACUGGAUGAAGGGACAAAGGAUUGUGUUUGGGAUCAUCUUAUAUUUAACACCAGUUUGUCUGAGGAUAAGGCUUCUCCCCUUUCACGGAAACCCAAGGCGAAUAAACCACACUUGAUGUUAAUUGCGGGUCGUUCAAAAGAAACCUUUCGGCUUCAACAUGUUGCUCUCAUCACUUCCCCUUUGUCCAUUCUCGAGGACAAUGCGUCCUCUUCAAGUCUCUCUCUGGACCUUCACUGUUAUUAUUGCAACAGGACCAUUCAAUGCCAGAGCCGGUCUCUCAGACUUUGGUGGGGAUGUAAGCCAAUAUAUGAAUUUACUGAAGGGAUCCUCGGCCUUCAGCUUCAAACCAGGUGGCGAACCAAUGGAGGGCGACGAUGACAGUGAAAGUGGUGAGGGUGGUGGCAUGAUGGGAAUGGGCCCAGAUAUGUUUGGUGGGAUGGGCGGAGACGACUCUGAGGAUGAACUGAUGGCUGGUGAAGAGAGUAUGGACAGAAUAGCUCGAGCCUUGAUGGAAGCCAGUGAAGGGGCUCCCAAAGGAGAUGGAGCAGCUUCCAUGGGAGGAACCUUUGGAGGGGAAUAUGGAGAUUAUCUGAAGCUGUUGGAAGGUGAUUCAGCUUUGGGAUUCAAUCCCCAAGCGGACCCCAUUGCCGAUAAUCAGGACUUGCAAUCUGAUGUGUUUGGAGGAGGUAUGAGCGGCAAAUUCUGGGGAAGCUACAAAGGUAAAGCGAGUUACGAUAGUUUCGACUCGAGUGAUGAAGACAUCAUUGAAGAAAUGGGGAUCGAAGACGCCCGGCAAACACCAGAAGAGGAUCAACCCGAGGAUCGAUACGACAGAAUGGACGAGAAACAUACAAACGUGACUGUCAUCUACAAGCCGAGCAAAGAGAAGUUGGAGAGCAUUUACCACGAGAUCCAAAAAGCUUUGAUUGAUCGAGAUCGAUCAAAAUUGAAUCAAGUUUUGGAGGCCUUAAGCCCCGAGAACAUUUUGAAAUCAGCGGCUUCAUCAGACGAGGCGUACGCCAUCAAGAAAGACUUGCGAAGCAAUGACAUGUCAGACGAUCCGUACUCGGGAGAAACCGAAAAAGAAGAUCAAAGUCGAACCACCAGCGAUGCUAGAAAAUCCUUGGAAACAUUCCUCAAGCACUUCACAGACAAUGUCCCCGAUCCUAUUGCUACAAGUAAGGGUUUAUCGGCAAGUUACCGCAACCUGACUCUCUAUGGGAUCUCAGAUAUCCGGAUUUGUGGUCCGAUUCACAAGUAUUUUGGGGGAAACAAGUGGAAGGCGACACUAUGUUUACCCCGCAUUUCGACUUCGGUUAAUUGUGUGGCUGGGCCUGGAGUUCCCUUCAAAGGCCGAGUGUCGGCCAUUUUCAAGUUGCCCAAAUUGGAAAUCAUGUUCAAGCAAACCUCUUCGAGCGUUCACGUCAUCAGUCUGAAGUCUAGUGCGUCAAGGUCUAAGUACGUGCCCACCUACGAUUCGAGUAUUCCCUUGAAUCCUUGGAGUAAAGUCAGCAUGAGUGGAUAUAUGGUGGCUGGAGUUAAGAAGGUCUUGCCUAGUCUAGUGGACAGAAUCCUGCUAAAAAUCAUGCACAUUGUUGAACGUCUCGAAUCGGACUAGGCCUCAGUUUGACCAUAGAUCUAGUGAUAGUUGAUUGGCAAUAUGUCUUUGAAUGUGAUAUGCGACUACCAAUGAGGAUUUUGACAAUUUUGAGUUGUUUGUUUGUUUGAUUCCCUUGUGUAUUGACUCUUGUUGUUUUGCCCACAAAUACAGAACAGUUUCCUUGAGAAAA